AUGUGUGACACGAGUAGUGAGUUGUCGGACAACCCGUCUCUCGACAGCGGGUUUAUGUGCGCCGACGGGACGGACGGUAUGGCCGACGACGAGAGCUGUUGCAGUCGACAACUCCUGUUGGGCAGAGAGCUGUCGCCCAAAUACACGCGGCUGCCCUGCCUGCCAUACCGGCUGCUGCUCUCGACAACGUCAGCUGUUGACAACGGUAAUUUCGAUGACUUGAGUACAACUGAUUCCAUCUAUUCAUCCGAUAACGAGUUCUCAGACCACACGUCGCCGUCGGCGGCGGACGGCAGGCCAUCGGUGACGAUGACACUGAACAUCAACACCAGUACGGGUCUGGUGUUGGCCACGACGAAGACCACGACCCCCACCACCGCCGCCGAUGUGUUGGACAGCUUUUGCGGUAAGCAUUUGGUGUGCGGACCCAAUGACGAGAACCAAACGGUACUCAUUAAUGGCAAAGUAGUGGACCUGCGGUGCGAGAAGUAUUCGGUGCUGAGCUAUGAGCAGGUGUGCCGACUCGACGGCCUGAUGGACGAAGUGGUGCCCAUUCACGGCAGAGGCAAUUUCCCCACUCUGGAGAUUAGGCUCAAAGACCUGAUCCAAGUGGUCCGCCAGAAGCUGGAGACCGAGAACGUGCCCAUCCGUGACAUCCGUCUGAACGGCGGCGCCGCCACUCACGUACUGACGCCCGAGAGCUCCGCGUACAACGACUUGGACCUGAUCUUCGGCGUCGAUCUCUCCAAUCACCGCAACUUCGAUAGAAUCCGGUCCGCAGUCCUCGACUCGUUGCUCGACUUUCUGCCCGACAUUACCAUUAAGAAGAGGAUCAGUACGUGUAGUCUGAAGGAGGCGUACGUCCAUAAGAUGGUGAAAGUGACGGACGGCGACCGCUGGUCACUCAUAUCGCUGUCCAACAAAAGCGGUCGAAAUGUAGAGUUAAAGUUCGUGGAUGUGAUGAAAAGGCAGUUCGAGUUCUCUGUGGACUCCUUUCACAUAAUACUGGACUCGUUGUUCCAGUUCUACGAGUGCUCCAAAUCGAUGGCCAUAUCCGAGAACUUCUACCCCACUGUCGUCGCUGAGAGUGUUUACGGAGAUUUCAGGGAAGCGUUACUACAUUUGCAAAAGAAGUUGAUCGCCACCCGAAACCCGGAGGAGAUCCGCGGCGGCGGUCUUCUCAAGUACUGUAACCUUUUGGUACGCGAUUAUCACCCGUUCAAUGAGAUUGAGAUCAAGAAACUGGAGAAAUACAUGUGUUCGCGAUUCUUCAUCGACUUCAGUGAUUUGGGUCAACAGAGGUCUAAACUCGAGGGAUAUCUGGCCAACCAUUUCGUGGGCUACGAGUACUUGAAGUUCGAUUACCUGAUGAUACUGUCGAGGGUUGUGAACGAGUCGACGGUGUGUCUGAUGGGUCACGAGCGCCGCCAGACGCUGAACCUGAUCGACGAACUCGCACACUAUGUCUACUAUCAGGACCAGCAAAGGCUGGCCGCCAAACACCACUUCGACCACACGACCAAUCCCUACAUGAUAUCGACGGGCGCCCAAUACUUCUACACCCCGUAUAUGGCCACUCAUCACCAGUUCCAACCCCUACCACAACAGCCCCAACACCAACAGACUGUCCCCACCUGUUAUACGCCGUGUCAUUGCGGCCACGGAUGGAUGGCU